GUUGGGACUCUGGGUGAUCACAGCUCAGUUUGCGUACCGCUGUGUGGACUUUCUCAGGUUGUUCCGCCCUCGUCCCGUCGGCAGCAGCUCGGUGUUUCUGUCAUGGCUCAGGAGAAUCUGUCCGUGGUGUUGCAUGCUAAGGGAGACCUCAGGCUUGAAAACCGUCCAAUUCCAGAGCCAGGACCCAAUGAGGUAUUGCUUCAGAUGCACUCAGUGGGGAUCUGUGGAUCAGAUGUGCACUACUGGCAGAAUGGUCGAAUUGGGGACUUUGUGCUGAAAAAACCAAUGGUGCUGGGCCACGAAGCUGCAGGGCGAGUGGCUAAGGUCGGAUCAGCAGUCACACACCUUAAACCAGGUGAUAGGGUGGCCAUUGAGCCUGGUGUGCCCCGUGAGAUGGAUGAGUUCUUCAAAAGAGGACAAUAUAACUUGUCCCCCACCAUCUUCUUCUGCGCCACGCCGCCCGAUGAUGGAAACCUGUGCAGAUAUUACACACACAAUGCCAACUUCUGCUACAAGUUGCCUGAUAAUGUCACAUUUGAGGAGGGGGCCCUCAUCGAACCUCUCUCUGUGGGGAUUCAUGCGUGUCGCCGGGCCGGUGUCACCCUCGGCAGCACCGUACUCAUCUGUGGUGCAGGACCCAUUGGGUUGGUCAGCUUGCUUGUAGCCAAGGCUAUGGGGGCCUCAAAAGUCAUCAUCACCGAUCUGUUCGCAGAGCGCCUGGGUAUGGCCAAGGAACUAGGUGCAGACUUCCAGCUGACGGUGAAGAAGGAUGAUGGACCCCAGCAGCUGGCAAAGAAAGUCGAGGACACCCUUGGAGCCCAGCCCCAAAUCACCCUUGAAUGCACUGGAGUGGAGAGCUGCAUCCAAACUGCACUUUAUGCAACGGGCUCAGGAGGUGUGGUGAUGCUGGUGGGCCUUGGUGCUCCGAUGACUACUGUUCCCCUUGUCAACGCUGCUGUGAGAGAAGUGGACAUCAGAGGAGUGUUCCGCUACUGCAACACCUGGCCAAUGGCUAUCGCCAUGUUGUCGUCAGGCAAGGUGAACGUGAAGCCCCUCGUGACCCACCGCUUUCCACUGGAGCAGGCAGUGCAGGCCUUUGAAACCACGCGUCAGGGUCUUGGGAUAAAGGUCAUGUUAAAGUGUGACAAAAAUGACCAGAACCCUUGAACCGAUCCUCUGUGGCAAAGCAAAACAGAUCUGCAGAGAUUGGCUCAGCAUGACGGGCCCAAAGUGGACUCUGGCCUCAGAAAGAUAGCAAAACAAAUUCAAAGGAUAGCACAUUAAUCGCUGCACUGUUAACGAUAGCUGGAAGCUGUUUAUCACACCUCUAUCUUCAGAUGGUACUGUUUAAUUAUGUUUGGUCUGAGCUCUGACAGCUGCAUCCAUGUAUGUGAUUUAUAAUAUGUAAUAUGUUGUAGAAAUAAAAACACUUUUCAGGAAUAAACUUGUAAUAAAAUGUGCCACUUUUCAUGUUUUUCUGCAUUACCUGCACUACCAAUGAUUUAGCAUUAGUGGGCACUAGAGGCUUGGAAAGGAACCAUAAGACAACAAUUGUACCAGGAAGUGCCAGUUGCUAAUAGUUGUGUUGUUCUUGUAAUGAAUCUGUGAAUUUAAAGCAACUGGAAAUGAUGCAAGAAUAAGGAGUUUUAAAAAAUAAAUAAAUAAAGAACAAUUAUUUUCAUGUGAA